CAUUUCCAGCCGCACACAAGAACAUCAUCAGAUACCUGGGAAGAAGAGGAGAUGUCUGGAUCUAAAGGCACAACAGAUGUGAAAAGGCGAAAAAUGGCUGAGUUUCCAAAAGCCAUCAUGAAGAUCUUCAACGACCCCAUCCAUGGACACAUUGAGCUGCACCCGCUGCUGGUGAAGAUCACAGACACUCCUCAGUUUCAGAGACUCAGACACAUCAAACAGCUCGGAGGAACAUAUCUGGUGUAUCCAGGCGCUUCCCACAAUCGCUUUGAGCACUCACUUGGUGUGGCGUAUUUAGCUGGUUCCCUGGUGAAGGUUCUUCAUGACAAUCAGCCUGAGCUAGAAAUCACCAAACAGGAUUUCCUGUGUGUUCAGAUCGCUGGUCUGUGUCAUGACUUGGGUCAUGGUCCAUUUUCUCAUGUGUUUGAUGGCCUUGUUAUUCCUGAAGUCAAGAAAAUAAAACAAUCCAAAGGCUUGCCUGAUGACAUCCCUGAAAAGUGGAAACACGAGCAGAUGUCAGUUUUGAUGUUCGAUGACAUUGUGAAGAGUCUGAAGGCUGAGAAUAAAGACGUGUUGAAAGAACAUGGACUGGAUGAUACAGACGUCACCUUCAUUAAAGAGUUAAUCGAAGGGGCAAAAACCUCAGAGUGGAGAUACAAGGGCAGAGAUAAAGACAAAUCCUUCCUGUAUGAGAUCGUGGCAAAUAAACAGAACGGCAUCGAUGUGGACAAAUGGGACUAUUUUGCACGAGACUGUCAUCACCUCGGCAUCCGAAACAGUUUUGAUCACCAGCGUCUGCUGAAGUUUGCUCGAGUCUGUGAAGUGAACGGGAGAAAUCACAUCUGCUUCAGAGACAAGGAGGCUGAUAAUGUUUAUGACAUGUUUCGCACCCGAUACACUCUCCAUCGCCAGGCCUAUCAGCACAAGAUCGUUAACAUCAUCGAAGACAUGUUUGCAGAAGCUCUCGUACGAGCUGAUCGUGAUCUUCAUAAAGGAAAACCUGAAGAUAUGCUGAAGAUUUCUGAAGCUAUAAAGACAGCAGAGGACUACUGCAAACUCACAGAUGAGAUCUUUGAGCAGAUCUUGUCCUCCACUUCUGAUAAACUGAAGGAAUCUCGAGACAUCUUGAACAAGAUCAUCAGAAGAAAACUGCCAAAGUUUGUUGGAGAAGCCCGAGUGACUGAGAAAAACAUCUCAAAGGAAGAGCUGACAGAAACAUGGAAAGCUGCAGUAGAGAAGUACAAACCUACAGACCCCACUGUUUCUCUGAACGCUGAUGAUUUACCAGUUUAUGUGGUAGAUCUGGAUCACGGCAUGAAGGAUAAAAACCCCAUUGAAAACGUCUAUUUCUACAGCAAGAGGAAACCCAACGAAGCUUCUGUCAUUAAGGAUCAUCAGCUGUCCAGUUUCCUGCCAAAGAGGUUUAAUGAAGAGCUGGUCAGAGUUUACUAUAAAAACACUGAUGUGAAUAAAGAGGAGCAGAUGAAGAAGAUGGAGGAGGCUGAGAAGUGCUUUCACAUCUGGUGUGACUCCAGUUUUGGACUCCAUUAAUGUGCAUAUGAUUUAUAAUAUAUGAUAUUUAAGGUUAUGUACUGCACAAUUAGUACAAGUGUCUGUAAUUUCACUUAUUGUUUAAUUAAUAAUCUAUACUAGCACUUUAUUAACAAGGAGGCAAAUGAUCAAAUAAACCUUGCUCACUUCCAUGUUACUAAAAACAUGUUGACAGAGAAAAUCUAUAAUGGAAAAUAAAUAAAGGAGUAGUAUCGAUAGUAUGAUAAUAUCAAAAUGAAUUAAGCACACUUUAAUUGCAUCAGCAGAAUGUUUUGUGUCCAGAAGAGUGUCCAGCAGAGGGACUACAUCUGGACUUUUAUUUUGUAAAUGUUUCCUGAGUCAUUUUGCACCUGUGUCUGUUAUAACGGUGAUAUUAAUUGUUUAAGGGUUUAAUUAAUCAUACUGUAAUCUUGAGCUUAGUUUGUUUUGCAUUUGUCAGUUUAAAUCACAGACUUCUGUCUAAAUGAAAAUUAGUAUCUACAUAAAAAAAUUAAGACAUACUAAAUUGUAAUCAUAUGAUGAAAUUGACAUGACAGGAUGGAACUGUGAUAAAAAAAAAAAAAAAAAAAAAAA